AGGAAGUACUUGAUGCAGUGUGUAUUGCGGAAGUCUGUCAAUAUUUGUCUCGUGAUUAUAAGUAUGUUGUAUAAAAACAUUCAUUAUACUUUCAACGGUAAAUCAAUGCAGAAUGUUGCAGGCAAUAAUUUUGCCCUGCAUCUUAUUAGCAACUUGCAUUCAUGCAACGAACCCCGGAUUGAGACUUCAUAUAACACAGAAUGGAAUGAAUUAUGCUAAUACCGUAGCUGUGGAUUUAAUCUCUAAGACAGUACGGAACGCUAAAAUUCCAGAUCAAAGUGGAUCAGGACAUCAUGUAGAAUAUACCAUAUAUGGUCUGGCAAUAAAAAAUUUCCAACUAGGAACUAGCAGUAUAAAACUAUCGUCUGGAAGUGAUCUCAAAUGGGCUACAGCAAACAUCGUAUUGGAAAUUGAUGGAAAUUUUCACUAUAAAUACCGAUGGCAUUUCAUCAAGAUAUCUGACCAUGGAAGAUUUACGGUUAAGUUUUCAGGGAUGUCGUUCAGCGUUGGAAUUAAUGCGGGUGUUGACGCUAAUGGAAGACCAACAAUUAAAUCUGCACAAUGCGCAUGCAACAGUGGUCAUGUUCAGUUCAAAUUCCACGGAGGAAGAGCCUGGAUCUACAAUACGUUUGCAGGAAAAGUUUCUAAGGCUAUAAGUAACCAGUUUCAGAAAAUGAUGUGCGGAAUAGUUCAAAAUCUCAUUGAUAAUAAUGCACAGAAGAGUCUUUCAACUAUGAAAGUUCAGGUAAAACUGGGAAAGCUCCUGACACUUGACUACAGACUCAUGUCAGCUCCAAAAGCAACUCCACAGUUUAUGGAAGCAAGUCUAAAGGGAGAAAUACUCUGGUCCAGUAAUAAAACUGAAGCACCAUUUGCACCACAAUCAAUGGCACCAAUCACAGACAGCAAGAGAAUGGUUUACAUCACAUUGUCAGAAUAUGUCUUCAACACUAUGUUUUAUCAAGCGCAUAAACAUAACAUGCUAGUGUUCAACCUGGCUUCAAAAAAUAUCAAAGAAAAGAAAGACAUAUUGAACACAACCUGCUCCGGUCUAUGUAUUGGGAAAUUUAUUCCACAGAUAGGAAAAGCUUUUCCUAGAAGUACAGUAGAACUACACAUGCUUAGUACUAAACCACCAGUGACAAAUAUAUCAGUCGGAGUCCUUGGCGUGAGAGCGGAAGGGAACAUCACCUUGUUUGCUAGGAAAUCAGACAAAAGUCUACAUUAUUUGUUUAUAAUAUAUGCUAAAGCAUCAAUAAAAGUGAAUCUUUCAAUGGCAAAUGAGAUGAUACAUGGAAAACUAUACGACAUGAAAAUUCUAACGAAAGUUACAAACUCUGCCAUCGGUACAAUAAAUGAUAGAGCAUUACAAUUUCUUGUGGACAGUGCCAUCAUAACCACCAUAGAACCAAUGAUCAACGGUCUCGGAACCAAAGGUUUUCCUAUGCCAUCGACAAAGGAUUUACAAUUCCAACAGUCUGGUCUUAAACUAUUGCAGAACACAAUCCUGAUUGAAACGGAUUUGAAGUACGCUCCAAAAUCUACUGUGCUGAAAUUUGUGCCUAUGAAUGAGAGAUACCUUGCAAACGAAAUUUGAUCAAUGGAAAAUUGUUUUUCUUUUUGUGUUAAAUACAAAUUGGAUGUGUUGAAUGAUAUUUUAAAUGUUUAACUUGUUCAUCCCAUGGACUACAGUAUAUGGUUUGGUCUACUCUACAAGAUCCUAUAUUUAUAUUAUCAACUUAAUCAUAUCCACAGUGUCUAAAAAGGAAUAUAUAAAUCAGUUCGUUUUAUACCAUGUCUGAAUAUAGUGCUGUAAAGCCUAAGAAAUGACUUUUCAGUGUACUUCUAGUUUGUUAAUAAAGUAUAAUCUUUAUAAUGUUAUUUUUUAUUGAAAUUUGUAAAAUUGCAACUAAAACAUAUUCAAAAAACUUCAACACAAGAUCGGUAAUACGAUAUGAGCUCUAGUACUUUUUUUCUAUGUUUGAUGCUCCCUGAUUGGACACAAUUCUAAGAGACAACUCCAAUAGCAUAUAUAUAAGCAUUUAAAACUGCUGUUUCAAUCCUCGAGAAAGUAUGUUGCUCUAGUGUCUUUAUUUAUCGUUGUAAUAACCUAUCUUGAUAUAAUUGGCAGCCAUAAAAGAAACAUUGCAGACUUUAUUUAACCUAUAAACUAUCGAAUGAUAUUCUUCAAACACAGACGCGAUUAUUUAGCAGCAGUAUAGAUUAUAAUCUUUAAACACACCCCCUGCCUCGGAAAACAGAAAUACCAUAAAAUACCUUUGCAGUAGUCCAAUUUUCUUACAUAUAAAGGCAUAACUAUCGAACAUACAAACAUCCAGUAUUAAGCAGGGAUAACUCAUAUCUUUUUUUAUAACAAACAACUUUGAGUUAAUUAAAAAGAACGUUAUCGCCAUGCUUGGUUAUGUUUAAGACAACGUUUUUUUUUACAUUCAGUGGCCCUGUUUUACGACGAACUGUAUGCUUAAUUUGAACUACUUGUGUUCCUCUUUUCACUGACUCAUUCGUUACGUCCACACAAGGGAGAUUUUUCUCGGGGCGUCCAAAGAGAAUGACAGGAAAACAGAGUCUAAUAAUUCCGAUUGUAAUAUUCACAUUUUGUAUGACAUUAUUUAAAUCAAAUAAUCAUCAUGAACAACAUAAUAACUAUAAUUAUGGGAGUAUGAACUGACAAAUACACAAUUAAAGACAAACAACCAGGAACAACACAUUGUCUUGAUAGCCCGAUUUGGCACAGCCACAAAAUAUGGUGGAAUAAUUUCAGUUUUUGGUGCACACAAACCUCCUUCAUUGCGUUAAAAAAAUUGCUCAGUACAGCUACCAAUAGGCUAAACACUUACUUGAAAAAGAAAAUAAAAAAGGUAACAUAUUAUUUAUAAAUAUGUACUAGUAUAUGAUAUGUUUAUGUCGGAUUAUAUGACUGACAGUCAUCUCGAUGGAUGUUUAGUUGGCGGGUAGUAUAAAUUACACACGAAGUACUGAUUCCUUAUAAAAAGUCUAUGCAUGUAAAUUGUUUCUUUUUUUACUUUCUUUUGUUAUGGUAAUACGUUUUAAUAUGUCAUAAAUCAAAUAUGAGAAUUUGGGUCAAAUCAGAUACCACGAAUUUGACAGCUAAAGCCAAGUUAAAUAAGACAAUCUUUUUUUCUCAUGAAUUGUCAUUUAUUUCAUGUAUUUCAUCUGCAUGGUAUCAAAUUUGGAAUUGCUUGCUUUCUUAGAAUAGCAUGGAUAGUAUAUCACAUUAAAUUUAUGUGACACUAAACAACUUUAUAUUUCUCUACUCAUGGCACAUUAGUACAUUUAAAAACAAAUAUAUAUCUAUGCGAUAUGGAUUGAUAAACAUAUCUAACAAUACAGGCACUCGAUGAUCUUACAAAUGUCUUGCGUUUUAAAAAAUACAAUAAUAUAAGCUGUAGAACAAUGUACAUACAAUGUUUUUUUUAUAUUUUUCAGAAGCUUACAUUUAUAUAUAACCGGAAUUGUGAAAUGUGAGACUCAAUGUGACAUCAUUAAAAAUAUCAAAAUUAAAUUGCAAAGUGAAAAGCGUUGAUACCGGUAUUAUGGAUAAAAUAUAAAACAACAA